AUGGGAGAGCCUUUUUCUGGCAAGACCAAAGUUCUGCAUGUAUUAGCAGAUACACUUACCCUAAUGAACCAGCGUGAGUAUGGAGAAGAAGAAAAGGUAAUACACAGAACUGUCAAUCCAAAAGCUAUUACUAUGGGACAACUCUUUGGACGAUUUGAUCCAGUAUCUCAUGAGUGGACAGAUGGCAUAGUUGCCAAUACUUUUCGAGAAUUUGCUUUAACUGAAACACCUGACCGCAAAUGGGUUGUUUUUGAUGGUCCUAUUGAUACUCUUUGGAUAGAAAGUAUGAACACUGUGUUGGAUGACAACAAAAAGGUAAUGCUGGCUCUGCUUUUUGUGGGACCUACUGGUACUGGGAAGUCUGUAUACGUAAAAGACAAGCUAAUGCACCACUUACAAAAGGAUCUCUACUUCCCAUUCUUCCUUAACUUUUCAGCUCGAACCAGUGCCAAUCAAACUCAGAAUAUUAUCAUGGCCAGGCUGGACAAAAGGCGGAAAGGAAUAUAUGGGCCACCUGUGGGAAAGAAGUGUGUAAUCUUUGUAGAUGAUAUGAAUAUGCCUGCACUGGAGCAAUAUGGAGCUCAGCCUCCAGUUGAACUUUUAAGACAGUUUUUUGAUCAUGGAAUCUGGUAUGAUUUAAAAGACACAAAUAAAAUAACACUAGUUGAUAUUCAGUUGAUGGCUGCCAUGGGUCCACCAGGUGGUGGAAGAAAUCCUGUAACACCUCGUUUCCUGAGACAUUUCAAUAUUUGCACCAUUAAUUCCUUCAGUGAUGAAACAAUGGUCCGGAUUUUUUCUACUCUUGUUUCUUUGUAUCUCAGAGUAAAUGAAUUUAUUCCAGAAUAUUUCACAAUUGGAAACCAGAUUGUCAGUGGCACUAUGGAGGUAUACAAGAAAGCCAUGGCAAACCUAUUGCCAACACCAGCCAAAUCCCAUUAUACAUUCAAUUUGCGUGAUUUUUCACGAGUUAUCUUAGGCUGCUUGCUUAUUAAGAAGGAUUCAGUUGUCAACAAGCAUACAAUGAUUCGUCUCUUUGUACAUGAAGUAUUUCGAGUGUUUUAUGACCGGCUUGUGGAUGAUGCUGAUAGGGCUUGGUUGUUCAAACUCAUGAAAGAAAUUGUGAAAGAACAUUUCAAAGAAGCAUUUGAUGCAGUAUUUUCACACCUGAGACAAGGAAAUGCACCUAUAAGUGAAGAAGAUAUGAGAAAUCUCCUGUUUGGAGACUACAUGAAUCCUGACCUUGAAGGAGAUGAAAGAAUUUAUUAUGAAAUUCCAAAUAUACAAAUGUUCAGUGAUGUUGUGGAUCUAUGUUUGGAUGAAUAUAAUCAAACUCAUAAAACAAGAAUGAAUCUAGUAAUUUUUAGGUAUGUACUGGAACAUUUAUCUCGUAUAUGCCGUGUGCUCAAGCAAUCUGGAGGUAAUGCUUUACUUGUUGGAAUGGGAGGAAGUGGACGACAAUCCCUGACCCGAUUGGCUACAUCCAUGGCAAAAAUGAAUAUUUUCCAACCUGAAAUUUCCAAGAGCUAUGGAAUGAAUGAGUGGAGGGACGACCUAAAGAACCUUCUGAGGAGCGCAGGUAUGAAGGGCUUGAAGACUGUGUUUUUGAUCACAGACACACAAAUCAAAGAAGAAGGAUUUUUAGAAGAUGUUGACAGUGUGCUUAAUACAGGAGAAGUACCCAAUCUUUUUGCAGCUGAUGAGAAACAGGAAGUUAUGGAGGGAGUUCGUGCUGUAGCCCAGGCAGGCUAUAAGCAUGAAGAGCUUGGUCCGUUGGCCUUAUUUGCUUUCUUUGUGAACCGUUGCAAAGACAAUCUCCAUGUUGUAGUAGCUUUCAGUCCAAUUGGAGAUGCUUUUCGCAAUCGACUGAGACAAUUUCCAUCUCUCAUCAACUGUUGUACUAUUGACUGGUUCCAGCCAUGGCCUGAAGAUGCUCUUGAGCGUGUGGCUAUUAAAUUCUUGGAAAAGCUUGAGCUCACAGAAAAUGAACGUCAAGAAGUGGUUCCCAUUUGUAAACAUUUCCAUACAUCUGUGUUAUCACUUUCUGAAAGAUUUUUGAACGAGUUGGGACGACAUAACUAUGUUACACCUACUUCCUACCUUGAACUUAUUGGUUCCUUCCAACUUCUUUUGACGCAGAAUCGUGAUACUAUCAUGAAGGCAAAAAAAAGAUAUACUAAUGGAUUAGACAAAUUAGCUUUUGCUGAAUCUCAGUUUGUGAAUAUUAAACAAUUCAUGUUCAACUACUAUUGGUUUCAGGUUGGUGAAAUGAAGAAAGAACUUGUGGGUUUGCAACCUAAAUUGGAGCAAGCAAAAGUGGAUAAUGCAGCCAUGAUGAAGAUCAUUGAGAAAGAAUCUGCUGAGGUUGAAGCAAAAAGCAAAACUGUAAAAGUAGACGAGGAGCUUGCUACAGAAAAGGCAGCCGAAGCCCAGGCACUGAAAAAUGAAUGUGAGAGUGACCUUGCCGAAGCAAUUCCAGCACUAGAGGCAGCAUUGGCUGCUCUUGACACCCUGAAGCCUGCAGAUAUUACAAUUGUAAAAUCAAUGAAGAAUCCACCUUCUGGAGUUAAACUGGUUAUGGCUGCCAUUUGUGUCAUGAAGGAUAUCAAACCAGAAAAAAUUGCUGAUCCUUCUGGAAUUGGAGGCAAGAUUUUAGACUACUGGGGACCUAGCAAAAAACUUUUAGGUGAAAUGAAUUUCCUUAGAGAUUUGAGAGAAUAUGACAAAGAUAACAUUCCAGUAUCAGUGAUGCAGAAGAUUCGUUCGGAAUAUCUAACUAAUCCUGAAUUUGAUCCUCCCAAAGUGGCUAAAGCAUCUUCUGCAGCAGAAGGGUUAUGUAAAUGGAUUAUGGCAAUGGAGGUUUAUGACCGAGUAGCAAAGGUGGUUGCUCCAAAGAAAGCCCGCUUAGCAGAAGCCCAGCAGUCAUUAGCACAGACUAUGGCAUUAUUAAAUAAGAAGAGAGCUGAACUUAAAGCUGUUGAAGAUCGUUUGGAAGCAUUGCAAGAAACCUUCAUUGAGAAAACUGAAGAAAAAGCCCGCUUAGAAUUCCAAGUGGAUCUGUGUGCUAAAAAGCUAGAAAGAGCAGAAAAGCUGAUUGGAGGACUUGGCGGAGAAAAAUCAAGAUGGUCUCAUGCUGCAGAUGAUCUUCAGAAUAUUUACGAUAAUUUGACAGGAGAUGUUCUGGUAUCAGCAGGGGUGAUAGCUUACCUUGGUGCUUUUACUGCUGGAUUUCGACAAGAAUGUACUAAAGAGUGGAGCAAACUCUGUCAGGUAAAAAAUAUUCCUUGUUCUGAAAGCUUCUCUCUAAGCAAGACCCUUGGUGAUCCAAUAAAAAUUAGAGCCUGGAAUAUUGCAGGUCUUCCAACAGAUCAGUUUUCCAUAGAUAACGGUGUGAUUGUUGACAAUUCUAGACGUUGGCCAUUAAUGAUUGAUCCCCAAGGUCAAGCAAAUAAAUGGAUAAAACAUUCCGAGAAAGAGAACAGACUGAGUGUCAUAAAAUUUACUGACUCAGACUACAUGAGAACUCUAGAAAACUGCAUUCAGUUUGGAACUCCUCUUCUGCUUGAAAAUGUUGGAGAAGAGAUAGAUCCUUCCUUGGAACCUUUGCUACUUAGGCAAACUUUUAAACAAGGGGGCAUGGAUUGCAUUCGACUUGGUGAAACAAUAAUUGAAUAUUCUUUUGAUUUCAAAUUUUAUAUUACCACCAAAUUAAGGAAUCCACAUUAUUUACCUGAAUUAGCAACAAAGGUUUCUUUGCUAAAUUUUAUGAUUACUCCAGAAGGACUAGAAGAUCAACUUUUAGGCAUUGUUGUUGCCAAGGAAAGGUAA